AUGGCCAACGCCAGCUUCCCCCGUUUCGCUCAUAACCCUCGGGUUCUGAACUCGUCUGUCGCCGAUGAGCCAGCUCCUUGGUUGACAGCCAUCAAGGACGCUGUCGUCGAGAAGCUCAACGACCGCCGCACUUCGAAUUCUAGUGCCAGUUCCACCAAGACCACAGUCCAGGAUGACAAUGCGUCAACCUACUCCGCUGCCACAACUCUGAAGGGGUCUGACGAUCAUCUCGAGAAGAAGAAGAAAUGGUUCUCCCGAAGCCACAAGUUCGAUACUGAGCAAGAAACUGCUCAGAAGGCCUUGCACACUAGGGCUGUUGCCGAUUAUAUGGCCCUGCGCUAA